GAGCAUCCCCCCUUCCCCGGCUCCCCCCCGCUUCCUCUGUUUAAAGACCGGGUCCCGGUGGGGCGAGCGGAGGAGCAGCGGCCGCUCCGCAGCCCCAGUGCCGCGGCGGGGCGCGCAGCGCACGGGGCGGGCGCUGGAUGCGGCGCCGGGGGCGGGCGGGCGGCAGCCGAGCGGGUCCGGUCCGGUCCCGGGUCCCCCCCGAGCGGGUCCUCCCCGCGCAGCGGCGCGGAGCCGGGAGCGAUGAGCGCGGCCGGAGGAGCCGGCACCGCGGCGGGCACCGCCACCUCCGCCCUCUGCCUGCUCCUCUCGCUCACCGCCGUGGCCGUCUGCCUGCUGCUGGGCGCCAAGACGGCGGAGCUGCAGGGCCGCCUGGCCGCCUUGGAGGAGCGCGGAGCCGCCGGCCCCGGGCCGCUGCUGGACGCUCUGCAGCCCCGCCUGGAGCAGCUCCUCCGAGAGAAACUGGGUGAAGGACUAGCUAAGCUGCGGACAGCGAGAGAGGCUCCGUCAGACUGCAUGUGCCCCCCAGGCCCUCCGGGGAGGCGAGGGAAGCCCGGACGGCGCGGAGAGCCUGGCCCUGCAGGGCCCCUUGGCUUGGAUGGCAAACCAGGACCUCCAGGACCAAAAGGGGAAAAGGGUGAAGCAGGGGACAUCGGCCCACGGAUGGUUUUUCCCCGCCUCAAUCACGGAUUUCUGGCUAACGAUCAGCUUGUCUUUAGCCGGCGAGUGCUCAAGGGUGAUCAAGGUCGAGAAGGAGCCACUGGCCCCCCUGGUCCGCCAGGACCCCCAGGUGCCCGGGGGCCUCCUGGUGACACAGGAAAGGAUGGCCCAAGAGGACCUCCAGGCCCCCCUGGUUUUAAAGGCGACCCAGGAGAGGAUGGCCUCAUGGGCGCCAGGGGACCCCCAGGGCCAAAGGGUGAGCCUGGCAUGCAAGGGAAGAAGGGUGAUGAUGGCAUCCCAGGGGAACCAGGGCUUAUGGGCUCUAAGGGAGAAAAAGGAAGCACAGGCCCCAAGGGAGAGAAUGGCACGGACGGCGCGCCAGGACCCAAGGGUGAACCUGGUGAGAAGGGUGGAAUUGGCUCCAUCGGACCACGGGGUCCCCCUGGCCUGAAGGGGGAACAGGGCGACACUGUCGUGAUUGACUACGAUGGCCGGAUCCUGGACGCACUCAAGGCUGCAGGGAUACACAAAGUGAUGGGUUCGCCGGGUCCCCCAGGGCCACCAGGCCCACAAGGCGCUCCAGGCCCUAAGGGGGAGCUGGGCCUGCCGGGUCCACCUGGGCUAGAUGGCGAAAAGGGUCCCAAAGGAGCUAAGGGUGACCAAGGCAGCGCAGGGAUCGCGGGACAGAAAGGAGAGACGGGAGAAAUGGGCUUAUCGGGCCCACCGGGAGCAGAUGGGCCAAAAGGAGACAAAGGAGACACUGGAUCGCCGUGUUUGCAGAAUAACCAUAUCAUCCCAGAGCCAGGACCCCCCGGAUUGCCCGGCCCCAUGGGUCCUCCAGGAAUCCAGGGGCCUAAAGGCUUGGAUGGCGUCAAGGGAGAAAAGGGGGACAGCGGCGAGAAGGGGGAGCACGGGGACCCGGGACCGGCUGGUCUCCCUGGUGCCCCCGGGCUCAUUGGCUUACCCGGUACCAAAGGAGAGAAGGGAAAGCCGGGGGAGCCAGGACUAGAUGGUUUCCCAGGACUCAGAGGAGAGAAAGGAGAAAAGAGUGAAAGAGGGGAGAAGGGCGAGCGAGGAAUCCCAGGGAGAAAAGGAGCCAAAGGGCAGAAGGGGGAACCUGGCCCUCCCGGACUGGAUCAGCCCUGCCCCGUGGGAGACCGUAGCAUUUCGGGCAGCCAAGGGGAGCCGGGCUUGCCAGGCCUGGCCGGGGUGAGCGUGCCCUGCCCGUUGGGACCAGAUGGACUGCCAGUAGCGGGAUGUUGGCACAAGGUACAGUAA